UUUUAGCUUUUGCUUCGUUUAGACCGACCGGUUGCUUGAUCGGCUUGGCUGUUGUUUGAAAUUAUUGGCAAAUUUAAAUGUGUCGCAACAAAGAAAAACAAGUGCUGACUAACCGAUUUUAAGUGUGGUACAUUUGAGUGAUUGAACUUUGGCUGUCAGUUGUUUUUGUUGACAUUAGAUGAUAAGGCAGUUUUAAACAAUAAAAUCGCAAUGGGAAUAGCCACGACUCUUUUAAUACUGAGUUUAUUUUUGAUCCUCUUGUUAGUGGCUAUAAAUUACUGUCGCAUUUUACUUUACUGGAGACGACAAAAUGUAGAUUCUUUCAGUUCCUUGAAAAUUAAUAUGGAAUCUAAAAAGAGGCACUUGGGACUGGUCCUUAGUGAAUUCUAUCACGUCAUGUACCGGGAAAAGAAACCCCUCAUGGUUUCUCCAUCGUUUUUACUAACAACGGUAAUGAUACAAGAUCUGGAUAUCAUACGUGACCUCAUGAUGACCAACUUCGAAUAUUUUUCGGAUCGAGGAGGUUUUGUCAAUCAUCAAGAUCCCUUAAGUUAUACUAUCGUAGCCCUGACCUACAAUGUGUGGAAACCAACAAGGCAAAAACUUAGUCCAACCUUUACGCCGGCUAAACUAAAAACGAUGUUUCCCACAUUGGUGCAGAUCGGUGAACAAUUUGUGAAUGUUAUUCGAAGCCAACUUGAUGCCGGUGUUGAAGAUUUAAAUAUUGAUGAUUUGUGUUCGCGUUUCACCACAGAUGUUAUCGGCAAUAUUGCAUUUGGCAUUGAAUGCAACAGUCUGGUCAAUCCUUCCACGGAAUUUCGCUUGUAUGGCGAAAAGGCAACCGACUUUAAUAUACAUCCCAUAUUCAAUAUUAUCGGUGGAAAAUAUCCCACAUUAUUUCGUCUCUUAAAUUUGAAAAUGUUCAAUAAGGAAAUGACUAAUUUCUUUACACGAAUUGUACGUCAAACUAUAGAAUACCGAGAAGCUAACAAUAUUCGCCGAAAUGAUUUCAUGGAUUUAUUAAUUGAAUUGAAGAAAUCGGACGAUGGCAGUGACGGAUUUGCCCUUUCGUUGGAAAUGAUUGUGGCCCAGGUGUUUUCAUUUUUUAUAGCUGGAUAUGGUACGAGUUCUGCCACGUUGUCAUAUGCCCUUUAUGAGUUGGCCAAAAACCCGGCGGAACAAACAAAGGUCCGUCAAAAUAUUGAAGAAGUCCUUGUCAAAAGUAAAAAUAACACAAUAACCUAUGAUGGUCUACAGGAAAUGACAUAUCUGCAACAAGCUAUUCAGGAAACUCUGAGAAAAUAUCCCAUCGUACCCAAUCUGAGACGGAUGUGUCGACGCCCAUGCACAUUGCAUGAUUCCAAUGGCAGAGUUGCGUGUGAAAUUCCAAAGGACACUUUUAUUGGAAUAUCGGUGUAUGGUAUACAUCACAAUCCAGAUUACUACCCACAACCGGAAAUCUUUCGACCUGAACGAUUUAGUGAUGCAGAGAUAGCGAAACGACCAGCUUGUUCAUAUUUACCAUUUGGAAUCGGACCACGAGCAUGCAUGGGUCUUAGAUUUGCAAAAAUGCAAGUUGCAUUUUGUCUGGCUUUACUAUUGACCCACUUCAAAUUUUCAUUUUCCAACACCACACCAAAAGAUCUUAGUUUUGAUCCAGGAAAUCCCGUAUUUUUAACCGUCAAGGGUGGAAUAAACUUAAAAGUAGAAAAGUUAUAAUUAAUUAAAAAUAAACAAUAAGAAAAUACUUUAGUAAUAUAAAGUCGAAUAAAAACAACUUUAAUAACAAUUAAAAAGUUUCUUCAAAACAUACAUAGAACCAUGGCUCAAUAAGAAAAGUUGCUAAACUUCAAAGAAACCAGAAAAAUGCAACUCUGUGCUGGAGUCUUAUGGUGUCAAAUAGACUCUUAAAUAUGCAACAGUUUCGGGCUUCUGUACACAAAUGAAUCAAUGAUAGUAGUACAAGAUUGUUUUAUCCCAAAGUAUAUAUUUUGCUGUCCGUUAACGUGGAAAAUAUGCAUUUCUGUUGUUUCUAAAUUUAAAAUAAGAACCUUCAUAAUCUCCAAAUUAAACCUUGGCCUAAAAUAUCCUAUUCGCUUGAAAGCUGUAUUGAGUAGUAAAGACUAGACAAAAUGCAUUCUGAGCAGAUGGUUUAUGUCUAU